CGUGCAGCCACAUCUCAAUUAUUAUUAUUAUUAUUUUGUUUUGUUUUAUCUAAUUAUUUAAUUAAUUAGGAGUAUUGGUCCUAGCAGGACUAGAACUCAUUAAUGAGAAAGACUUUCAUUGUGAUUAGGAAACUAGUUUAGAACUAGUAUAAAUACAUACUCCUCCUUCAUAAUUCAUAGUAGAAUUUUAGAUUCAGUAUCACCAGUUUAUUUCCCUGCGAAGAGAUUUCCUAGCCUUUCUCUAAAGGGAGAUCUAAUCGUUCUUUCGGAGAGGAGAAAUCACGUGGAUACCUAAGGUCAAGGAUUAUCACCGCUAGGCUGGAAGAUCUGUAAGUUCUAACUCAAAUCUGUUAUUAUUAUCAUAUUCGUUGUUUUGUCAUAAUCAGGAAAGAUUUGUUUGGAAAAAUUUUAAACUUCCGCUGCCGUACUUUCGAGGUACGUACAUCAAUUUCCUAACAGUGGUAUCAGAGCCAAACUGAUUCUAAUGACAUUAUACGAAUUUUGAUAGAUAUAUUCGUAGUUCAAAAUAUGUGUUUCUUUGAAUUGCAUUUUUAUGAAGUCGUUUGAUUUCCGAAAUCAAACAAUAUUUGAACAAACGUAAAGGGGUUUGCUUUUUGAAAUUAAGAUCUGCUAUAUCUCCUUCGUGCUGUCUUUAUGAACAAAAUAGAAAAGGGAGAAGCUGUGUUUUUGAUCGGACGAUCUAAUGUACUUCAUGUCUGGAGGUCAAACAAAAUGUUUUUCAAAUUCGUCGAGAAUAAGCAAGCUUCUAGUCGUUGCUGCAUCUUCAAUUUGUAGCAUCGAAGGACGGAAAAGGAUUUGCGAUGGAUGACUUUUUGAGCCAACUGCUUGCGGCGAGUUUCACGGCAAAAAAAAAAAAAAGUCCGACGAACUUGGAAGAUCUGUCCGUGUCUAAUUAGAAUUCUUUUCAGUUAAGGCUUUUAGGAAUGUCGAAUUUAUCAUUGAGAAGUAUCUUGGAUACAUGCAAGCUUACUGGACCAAACUUUCUGGACUGGGAAAGAAAUGUGCGUUUAGUUCUUAGACAAGAAAAUAUCGAGUAUGUGUUAGACACGCCGGUACCCAAGAUUCCUGAUGCUAACUCUCCCGAGUUUGCCACGUUUGACCUGACUGCUCGAGAGAAACACGUUACUGAUGCUAAAACUGUGCAAUGUGUUAUGUUGGCUGCAAUGUCUAUGGAGUUGCAAAGGCAACACGAUAGGAUGAGCGCCUUCGAGAUGCUUGAACACUUGAAAAGUCUGUUUGAUUCAGUGAGUCAGACUCUAGAGUAUGAACUUCUGACAGACAUUUUCAAGUGUAGGCUUCAAGAGGGUGGCAACGUGUCUGAGCACGUCCUCAAAAUGAUUGGCUUAAUUGAAAGAGUUGCUACCACCGGAAUUAAGUUUGAGGAUCGUGUCUCAGCUGCUAUCAUCCUAUAUUCGCUUCCGAGUUCAUUUACUAACUUCAUUGUGAAUUAUAAUUUGAACAAAACGAAAGCAACCAUGCCUGAACUCCAUAACAUGCUCAAGUCUUAUGAAGCCUCAACCUCCAAAGGAAAGACUGUUCUUAUGGUAAGCUCUAAUGCCAAGUCUCGUUCUAAGAACAAGAAUAAGCAAAAGAAGAAAGGUAAGGUUGGACCUACUCCUACAGCUCUUAAGCCUAAAGGUGGAGUUCAUAUGAAGCCAAAGGUUACAAAGGAUGUUUGCCUCUACUGCAAAGAGAAGGGGCAUUGGAAGAGAGAUUGUGAGUUGUAUAAGGCUAAUCUAGCCAAAGCACCGGGUGCUUCAAGCUCAGAAGCCUGAGAAGCAGUGUAGCAGUUGGACUGGGUAAAAUUGACCUACACGUGAAGGCUGGAGCAAAAGUUGCUGCUGAACGUGAUAUGAUCUUAUAGUUUAGAUUUGCCCAGUGGUUUUAGAUUAGAAUUAAAUAAUUGUUAUUUUAUUCCUUCUAUUACCAAGAAGAUUAUUUCCAUUCAUAUGUUAGACAUUAAAAGAUUUCUAUUUCCAUUUUGCUAAUAAUAAUUAUUAUUUUCAUA